ACGCUAGACUUCUGGUCUUCUCAACCGACAUGGAAACGAGCGGGAAUUAAUACACUCCGCUGUCUGGUUGGAUGUACUCUUGGUGACUUUUCCGCUCUGUGGCUGCUACAGGCUUAUUGCCCUGAUCUUGGAAUGGGAACUAUCAUGGCUUUAUCGAUGACAUCCGGAAUAACCACCUCUCUUAUCCUUGAAACCGUCCUGCUCCGCCGUGGCCGUGAUCAGCUCUCAUGGCCAAUGGCCGCCCGCACCGCCGCAGGAAUGAGCUUCGUCUCGAUGCUGGCCAUGGAAGCAGCUGAAAACCUGGUUGAUUAUCAUCUCACCGGUGGUGUCAUUGUGUUGGAUGAUCCAAAGUUCUGGUUGGCAGCGUGUGUGUCGAUAGGAGCGGGGUUUGUGGCGCCACUACCGUACAAUUAUUUGCGGUUGCGGAAGUAUGGGAAGGCUUGUCAUUGA